AAACUAUCUCAAAAGUCGAAAUUCCAGUCCAUUCCACCCCUCGCUAAACUCCCAAUUAUUUGUCUGGCUGGCUGUUUGCAAGCGGGAGGGAAGCGUCCAAAACGAUGCGUUUAGCUCUUCGGUAUCAUCAUCCUUCUUCGGAGCGAGUUUUGGUCAGCCUCCCUCGUGGUUUUUAAAACCUAAACCCGGUACCAGAUUUUACAGUGAGCCAAGUUCGACGAUAAAUAACCAAGAUCUGCUGAAUCACGCCUGUAAAUAACGUCGUCGUAUUUCAGCAUAGAGAAGUUGGUUGAGAAUAUGGAAGCUCGUUACGUUAUUUUUUUGGCGGUUUUUCUGAUACUACUGCUUGUUAGUGGCUGCUCUGGUGUUGAUGUAAAGGAAAAUGUGGAUUCAAAUUCUGGUUUAGAUCCGAAAUCCAAAGGCAAGGGUAGUUCAAAUGAGGGAACGAAGGGGUCAGACACAGUUACAAAGUCUGCUGAAGUUGAUAAAGUGAAAGAACAUCAAGGAGGUCAAGGGGAUAAACCAAACGAGAGUGUAAAUAUUAAGAGAAAUGAUGAUUUGAACAAGGAAAAGGAUUCGAAAGGAAAUGGAAUUAUGCAGAAGAGUAAUGAAAAUAAUUUGACCAAGGAAAUGGAUUCGAAAGAAACUGAAAACAUGAAGAAGAGUAAUGGUGGUAGUAAUGAGGAAUCAAGAGCUAAGGAGGCGGAUAAUGGAAAAGGGAACUUGAGUGAUGAUACGAAAUCUAAAGAGGCUGGGAAUUUAGAUGAAUCUAAGCCAUUAACAAAGGAGGAAACUCAGGAUGAAAAAUGUGAUUCAUCUAAUAAAUGCACAGAUGAUGGUAAAAAUUUUGUUGCCUGUUUGAGAGUUCCGGGAAAUGAUUCUCCAGCUUUAUCACUUUUAAUCCAGAGCAAAGUCAAGAGCCCUCUCAGUGUCACAAUUUCUGCUCCUGAAUAUGUUCAGCUUAAGGAAACAAAAGUUCAACUCAAAGAAGGGGAACACAGAGAGCUCAUGUUCUCUGUCAAAAAGAAAGGAACCAACAACAUAAUCAUGUUUAAAGCAAAAAAUGGAAACUGCAGCUUAGAUUUUGGUGAUUUAAUUGCACACAAUUGGGAAGAGGAAUCUGAUAAUACUCCCAAGUUUACAUAUUUCAGUUUCAUGUCAAGAAAGUCUACCCUCAUAUUGAUAUCCUUAGCUGCCCUACUAAUACUAGCAGCAGUCUGUAUGUGUGCCAGCAUUCGGUGGAAGCAUUUUCCAAUAGCAGCUCUAAAUAUCAAAGGCUAGAUAUGGAGCUGCCGGUUUCUAGUGCACGGAAAGUGGGCUCAGAUUCCAAUGAUGGAUGGGAUAAUAAUUGGGGUGAUGAUUGGGAUGAUGACGAGGCACCCAAGACUCCCACUAUGCCAGUUACUCCAAGUGUUUCUUCUAAAGGCCUUGCUUCCAGGCGGUUGAACAAGGAGGGCUGGAAGGACUAGUUAUCUUCAGUUCAACAAGCUAUAUAAAAGAUGGGGAAAAUAGGAUGAGUUGGUUUGCAAAUGAAUUUAAUAUCCUAUAGAUUUUGGUAUUAUUUGAGGGAAGGGGCUGUUAUAUGUAGACUGAAUCUUUUCCUAUAGGAAUUUCAAAGGAUUAUUUAAAUAGCCUACUUUUUUUCUUCUCCAGGAUGAUGCCAUUUGGUUCUAUACUCUGGUUAUUUGUGGGAUUUACUUUAUUUUCUUUAUCUGUGCUUAGGAAUUUAUGACAAUUACAACGAUGGAUAUUGCAAAGCUCAUUUUCCAUCAGGUUAGCA